AUUUCAAUACUCUUUGCCUCUCCCUUUCUCCAGUCAUGGAAGAAAGCUCGCGCCUCGUCCCCCUCUCUCCAAGAAAGCAUCUCCUCGACAUUUUUCAAAAUAAAAAAACCUCCUCCACACUGGUUCUCCUCUCCGGCCAUUCGGCAGUCCAACCCGUUGGCCCAUCAUUUUGCAAACCGUAAUUGGUCACUGCUUCAGUCUAGUUGAUCGUGUAUUUUAUAUAUUAGGUAACUGUGAGAAAGGGGUGUAAAGCUCUGCAACUGUGCAAGGAGACGAUAAGCAGAUUAGGGCGGCUUUUCUAUGCUAAUCAGACAAGAGAGGAUAUUAUCGCAGCCAAUCUCAAAUACCUUUUGUUUCAGAGCUAAGAUGGGGAGAUGAUCAAUCUACCACCGCGACACCUUCUCUCAACUUCGAGAGAGAUUAACUUGUUUAAAGCUUAGCUGUGAUGGAGGGUGAUGAGAAAGGCAGUUUAUCUGCAAAAAAUGAGUCAUGUACUGGAGCUCGUCAAGCAACAUUAGAGCCUCUGAAGUCAAAUCCAGAGCUGUCCAAAGGAAAGGCCCCCGUAUCUUCUCAUCCAAGUGAAAAGGGUAUCUCAUCUUACCAGGUAUCACCAAGACUAUUUCGUGCUCAACAAGAUGCAGCAUCAGACAUGAUACAAAAAGCUGAGGUUUUGCUAAGGAAGAAGGACUUGCUCCAUCUUGUCUUAUCAUACAAUAACAUAGAUUCUACUAAAUAUUAUGGGGACCUUAUUAGUCUUCAAAAAAACUAUUUCUCCAAAAUGAACCCACUUGUCAGAGAAUUGCAGGCUUUGGAAUCAAAAUCCUUUGAGGAAUUAGAUAGGUUGAUGAAAGAGAUUGAACACAAUCUUCAGGCAACUGAAAUAAUAUUGGCCAAGUAUGAUUUUGAUCUAGUACCUCGAGGAUAUUUUACACGUUCACAUGAGAGGCGGAGGUGGUUUGGGCUAACUCAAAAAACCAGUGCUGCAUGUGAAGCCCCAGACGGCAUGUUGACUUUGGCCAUCAAUUCUGCUAUUAGGCAGGUUUCGGCGUAUGUUGAGGCGGAAAGUUUUAAAAAAAUCGGGAUUUCAGGGAGGGGAGGGAAGAAAGUAGCCAGAGCAGUCAUGGCUAUAGCAAGGAUGAGACAGAAUUGCAGUGUUGUCCUCCACAUCUCUGUCUCUGGACAUGACCGCGGCAAAGAGGUAAGGCAAAAAAUCGCGGAGCAGAUUCAUGUACUCCAACAAAGUGAUCACAACUUCAGUUUAACACUAGAUCAGUUACUACCUUACAACUUCUUCCUGCUUGUGGACUGCGUCGAUGGACAGAUGGAUCUACAUGACUUAAGACUCCCUGAUCAUGGAGUCAUAGUACUUACAACUCGAUCACAAGAAGUUUAUAAGAUCAUGGAUGUGGAUCUGGAGGUCAGAAUGGAGGGCCAUCUGCUACCGUGGGACCUAUUUUGUGAGAAUGCGGGGCGAUCACUUGUUGAUUCUUCUUCAGCUCUCCAACAAAUGGCCAUCCAAUUAGUAAAAGAGUGCCAUUGCCACCUACUUGCCGUCGUUCUUCUUGCUAGAGCCUUGAAGGAUGUGACUGAUAUCAGUGUUUGGCAACUUGCACUCCAGAAAUUAUCAUCACACUCAUCUACGAUGGAAGAAGGAUCAACCCUAGUCAUGAAACAUGUGUUGGAACUCGUCUGGGAUCAGAAGGAUCUAACAACAAAAUAUUGCGUUCAGUACUGCACGAGUAGAUGGAAACAAAGAAAGGUUUCAGAUUCACCAGUAUCAGAAUGGAUCUCAAGUUACUUAGUCGAAACAGUAGCAGAAGGGAGUGGCAUUUUUGAGGAUCUUAUCAGUUCCUUCUUGCUAGAGUAUGCUAGCGGCCGUGUUUUUAUGCGGAAAGAAACUAAAGUUGUGCUGAAUGAGUAUUUCACAUCCUAUCUGCCUAGUCUUUCCGUAAGGCGAGGGGGGUUUGGAUUGACCAAGACACCAACCAUUGAAAAGUAUACCAAGGAGAUUGAGUUGCAUGACAAUGAAUUAUCUGAGCUACCAGAGAACCCUAAGGGGCCGGCUCUCAGAAAACUAUGGUUACAAAACAACUACAAUCUGGUAGAAGUACCUGAACUGUUCUUUGAAGACAUGCCUCUCCUAGUCUAUUUAGAUCUAUCCCAUACCAGCAUUAAGUCAUUGCCUCCUUCUAUUUCCAGAUUGGUUUCACUUCAGACGUUCUAUUUGAGAGGUUGUGAACUUCUCAAUGAGCUACCACCCCAUAUUGGAGCACUUCGAAAACUUGAGGUUUUUGAUCUUGAAGGAACUGAAAUUGUGUAUUUGCCCAAGGAAAUCGGUUAUUUAAUCAGUUUGAGACAAUUUAAGGUAUCUCUUUGUGGACAAUCAGAUUACUACGGAAAAACAAAGAAGACAGGCAUUGCAAUCCCAGCAGAGGUGUUAUCAAUAUUCUCUCAAUUGGAAGAACUAAGCAUUGAUGUGAGUCCCGAUGGUGAAUGGUGGGAUGAUGACAUAAAUCCAUCUAGUGAAUGGUGGGAUGCUGAUUUGAAGGCAAUACUAAAUGCACUGGGUAGUUCAAACAAGCUGAGAAUCCUCAAGUUAUAUCUUCCAUCGGUUGAAUUUUUGCAGCAACUUACAUUUGAGAGCAAAAAACUCGCAUUUCCAAAUUCAUAUAAUUUUAGAUUAAUUGUUGGUCGUUAUCAACAGCGCAUCAUUUAUCGUCUGCCAAAUGGAGUUGAGAAGAGAUUCAGAAUAUGGGAGGAGGAAUAUAAGAAAUGCCUUCAAUACAUAAAUGGUGAAGGCAUGCGUAGUGGUAUUACUGUGGCACUCAAUUAUACUUCUAUGCUUUUCCUGGACCGGCAUUGGACUGUCAAGGUCUUGUCUGAAUUUGGGCAUGAAAAUUUGCUUUACCUUGAAUGUUGCUUUCUUGUGGAAUGUAAUGAACUUCAAACCAUAGUUGAUGGAAACUAUAAAUCUCAGUCCGGUGGUUACACGGGACCUAUAUUUCCUCGGCUACACCACUUGAGUAUUCACUACAUGAAGAACUUAGAGAGCAUUUGGCGAGGCUCAAAACCUAAUUAUUCGCUAUUCAAUCUAAGGUCCUUGACCUUGCACACUUGCCCCAAUUUGACCACCAUUUUCACGCCAGAUAUGCUUGUUAACCUCUUUUGGUUGCAAGAGCUUAUAGUGGAAGACUGCCCCAAAAUUCACAGUAUAGUGACUCAAGAAGAUGCCAACGUGCAAUCUGGUCAUUUUUUGGAACGCUUGAGGAAGAUAGCACUCCUUGACCUACCUCAUUUGGUUACCAUUUCAGGCCCUCUAUGCCUUGGUGAGAAAGUGGGCAGUCUUUUCAUUUAUAAUUGCCCAAUGCUCGAAAGUUUGUAUACCACGGAAAGAUUUCCUGAAUACUGCAAGAUCGUAGGAGAGAAAGAAUGGUGGGACUCAUUAAGGUGGCAUAAUUCUGAAUGGAGCAGAAUGACUCAGCCAGCUUUUGAGGAACUUAGAACAGAUGAAGAUUUCAUGGAUCAAUUGGCAAAAGACGUAUACUCACCGAUGGACUAUGAUAAGCCACGUUCUAGCUGGGAAAUCUUUUCAAGAUCUUAAGCCGAGGAACUGUUGCUGCUGGCCUAUUGCUGAAUACUAUAUCAGUAAAUCUUCAAGCAGAAAUCGCCAUUAUUAAUUAAGUUUUGGACUAGUUGCUGUUUUCCAAAGUGUCUUUGCACUCAUUGGGAUGUAAUAAUGCUUUUAAACUUUAUCUGCUGUACUUAAAAACUGAUAUCAGACAUAGCACCCUUGUCAUUGGGUCCUUGUGGAUGUGUCUGUGGUGAUUAUUAUGUUGAGUGCUGUUUGUGUUCUUAUUGUUGACUUCUGGUUCUCUUACCAUUUUCAAUUCUAUGUUCUGUUUAAU